AUGGGAACAGGUUUUGUGGUUGACAAGCAGCGAGGCUUGAUCCUGACAAACAGGCACAUCACCGGUGUCGGUCCCGUGCGAGCAAUAGCCAUGUUCGACCGUCACGAAGAGCUGGAUGCUGAAGUGAUUUAUCGUGAUCCGGUUCAUGACUUUGGUUUCUUUCGGUACGACCCAUCGAAGCUGCGUUUGACGGAACCUGCAGAGAUCCGCUUGGCUCCGCAAGAGUUGCAGGUUGGGACAGAGGUGCGCAUCGUGGGAAACGAUGCCGGUGAGAAGCUUCAGAUUCUUUCAGGGACCAUCGCCCGAGUAGAUCGGAAUGUUCCGGAGAUCAACGCCGUUUACUGCGACGAGAACACUUUUUACGCGGGCGCCGGAGCCGGGACUUCGGGUGGCUCCAGCGGUUCCCCAGUCUUGAACAAGCAGGGAAAUGCAAUCGCCCUCAACGCAGCGGGCACGGACGGCGCAGCGAGCGCUUUCUUCCUGCCCCUCAGCAGAGUUAAGAUCGCCUUCCAGCGCUUGCAGGAUGGGCUUCCAGUGAUGCGCGGCACAUGCCAAGCAACCUUCCUUUUCAAAGCCUUUGACGAGUUGAGACGGAUAGGACUCCAGGAAGAGCACGAGCAAGAUGUCCGCAAGCAAGUUGUUGCGGCAACUGGAAUGCUCGUGGUGGAUUCCGUACUUUGCGAACAAAAACAGCUGCGGCCAGGUGAUAUACUGCUCCUGCUGGAGAAUAGGCACUGUGUUGACUUCGUUCACUUGGAAGAGGUAUUGGACGACAAGGUCGGGUGCGCGGUGGACGUGCUUGUUUGCAGAGGUGGGGUGGAGAUAGCAAUGUCCAUCGAUGUGCACGAUCUGCACUCGCUGAUUCCUCGGAGUUACGUGGAGCUCGGCAUGGAUGUGGUGCACGGCCUUGGCUACCAUGCCGCACGGCGCUCGCACCUGCCGCUGGACAGCGGGAUCUAUUUGGCUCGGUCAGGAUACGUCUUCGAGUCCUUGGGAUGUGACUGGGGCUCUUUGAUCACGUCUGUAAAUGGAAAGCCCACGCCAUCACCAGAAGCAUUUGCGAAAGCCAUCGAGCACAUUCCAGACAAGCAAUAUUUUCCGGUGCACUGGUACGAUCUGCGAGACUUUCGCAGAGACCGUGCACUGAAGACGGGCUUCGCCAAGAUGUCACGUGCUUGGUCUCCACUGAAGUUGUGGCGGUGCGCGUCUCCGGCAUCCGCGAGCCCCGAGCAGUGGACCUCUGAGGAGCUUCCGGUGCCUUCCCGGCCACCGCGCCGACCCGAGCCCCUUGGCCGUGCUGCUAUCCUUACGGGCGGGGAUCGCCUCGUGCGCGCGCUGCAGACUUCGCUGGUAACUGUCCGCUUCCGCACGGACCAGCGCUUCCUUACGGAGGCGCUUGACAGUGGUUCAUCCGAGGGCGUGGGCUUGUUGGUGGACGCAAAACGAGGCAUCGUCCUUACGGACAGGCACAGUGCUCCACAAUCCUUAGGUGCGAUUGAGGUAACUCUCGCAGGCUGUGCUACUGUAGAGGCGGAGGUGUUCUUCAUCCACCCGCAGCACAACAUUGCUCUGCUCCGCUGCGACCCUAUCGCCGUCGAGACGCUCAUCAAGGGAAAGCUGCCGCUCAAAUCCGCAAGGUUUGCCAAAGGCAAGAAGGCUAGUUUGCGGCCCGGAGAGAGUGUUCACUUCGUUGGAUUCGACAGCCAGGGAAAUGCAUUCAGUGCAAAAUGCCAGGUGUCUGCCGUGUACUUACCCAGCGGAAAGGACGAGUUCCCCCCAUGGACUGUGCCACGAUUUCGAGAGCGCAGUCUUGAGAUCGUUGUCCUUUCGGACCCACCCGAAGAUGCCAGAGGGGGUGUACUCUGCGACUCGCGCGGAGAGGUGCGAGCACUCUUCGCAUCGUUCGAUUUCCAAAGCGCCAGACGAGAGGAGACGACCGAGAACUUUGGAAUUCCGGCCAGCGUUUUCUUGCCGUUGCUGGAAGGCAUCAAGAAGAACCCCAACAAGGAACCCGAGGUCAGAUCUUUGGAUGUCGAGGUGUCUGCAGUGGAUUUGGCAACACUGGCCCGCGGGUCCCCCAAGCUGCCCAAGCCAUGGGCGGAGGCUGUGCGGAAACGCUGCGGCCAGCAGGGGCAAGUGGCCAGAGCCAUCUGCGUUUGCCGCGUCCUGUCCACCGGUGUCUCGAACGGCUUGCUCCUUCCGGGUGAUGUUCUUCUGAGUGUUGCCGGCCGGACAAUAACACAAGCGCUGGAUGUCGAGGAGGCUUUGAUCCCAAAGAAGGAGAGGCCAUCAAGCCGGAAGAGAGAGCGAUCCGAGGAGGUCUUGAUCGCGUUUCUUCGUGAUGGCAAGGAGGCCACGGUGGCUGUCAAGCCCAGCAUUUUGGGUUCUGAGGAUGAUGCCGACUUGCUUAUCUGGGCAGGGAUGGUUCUUCGAAAGACGCCAAGGUGCAUUCUGGAGCGAUGUGGCGCAAGUAUUGCCCCCAGGGCAGGAGGCGUCUUCGUCCAAAGCAUCCUGAACGGCUCACCGGCCGAGUCCCGGGAGUUUGCCCCGUAUUGCUUCCUUAUGGAGAUGGAUGGCCAGCCCAUACGACAGCUCAGUGAUGUUCUUCUUCACGGCCAGCUCGACAGGAAUGGGCCUGCACAUGGGUGGGUGCGGCUCCUCCUCCUUGACAUGAACGGACAGGAGCAAGUCAGAGCUGUCCAACGCGAUCCACUCUUCUUCCCGACGAUGACGCUGCACCGGAGCCCGCAGUGCUGGCGUUGCACUCAGAAGGGCUGA